UGAUAAGUGUUGAUGCAGAUGAUGGCACACAAGCAAACAGACUGUCUCUUGUACUUUUUAAAUUACUUCUCUCUUUCUCUCUCUCCCUCAGUUCAGCCAACAUGCUGUUAGACAGGACCACAAUGUACUUAAUGAGUUGGCCUGGAACAUGAUGCAUCUUUAUAUGAAUUUAACCUUGAAUAUUUUCAAUCUAAUCUAGUUCAGGUGAAACUCCAAGGGCUGGAAGGGAACAAUAUUUUAUAGUUUGAACAAGAUGAAAAGAGCCUAUAACAAUUGCCAAGUGUGGGACACACUGCUCACUGAAAAAAGCGUGAUUAAUAUGGCGUACAGUAAUUAAUUCAUAAGAGCAUCCAAAGUUCAGAAGAAUCUGCCGCGUUUUAAUGACUCCGAAACGACUUGUCCAACCACAGUUAGAGCGAAAGCAAGUUAACAAUGUGCGCCUGUGCUGAGGGAUGAGCGCAGAUUGUGUGAGUUGGCGUGUUCUCAGAACCAGUAGUAACGUCGUGCCGGGUGGAUAGGUUCAGAUAAAGCAAAAAGAGACCCUCAAUUAUGAACGACACAGACAAUGUGAUGUAAUGUGAACGGAGAAUGAAUUUGAUAUAACAUUGUUUUGCGUCGCGCACUUUAGGUAUGCAAUGUGGAUUCAGCGGUGGGUAUUUGUGAACUGUUAAGUAUGUUUGGAGGUACCGUUUUCGUCAUGCGUUACGAUCGCCAAUCUACUAACCGGGAAAGUUGUUCUGUUUGAUCUGGAGAAGAUGCAUUUAUUCCGGAGUCACAAUUACCGAGUGUUCCCGAAUCGUUUCUCUUUGGAAACACCGACCAUACGAGGCAUCAGUUGGACCCCACUGCCAGAGGCCCUUGAUACCCAGGACACCAUGAAGCAGUUUCUGACAGAUCGUAUUCUAAAGGCAGCGAGGGUGGUGUACAGUGCCUUGGUGGAACGGAACCCUGGCCUGAUCAGAGACAGGAAAUAUCACCUCAAAACCCACAGACAGUGUUGCUCAGGAAAGGAGCUGGUUGAUUGGUUGAUGAAGCUCAAUGAAUGUUUCCAGUCACGGAGCCAAGCAGUUGGGAUGUGGCAAGUUCUGGUGGAUGAAGGGAUCGUAGUUCACGUGAAGCAAGAAUUAAACUUCCAUGACAAGGACACUCAAUUUUACCGCUUCCUGGAGGCGGACCAUGCCCUGAACCACCCGAGCGAUGAGAAGGACUGGGAGGACGAGCUGCAGGAGGGCCUGUCGCUGCUGCUUCAGAUGGGCCCUGACGCUCUCCUCACCAUGAUCCUGCGCAAAUGCCCCAGUCAAAGAAGUUCCGAGGACCUGGAAGUCAUCUAUGAGGAGUUGCUCCACGUCAAAGCUGUGACCCACCUAUCCACCUCGGUGCGCAAAGAGCUGGCAGCCGUGCUGGUGUUUGAGUCUCAUGCCAAGGCAGGAACAGUGUUGUUCAGUCAGGGAGACAAAGGCACAUCCUGGUACAUCAUUUGGAAGGGCUCAGUCAAUGUCAUCACACACGGCAAGGGUCUGGUGACAACGCUCCAUGAGGGGGAGGACUUUGGCCAGUUGGCUCUGGUGAACGAUGCCCCCCGUGCUGCCACCAUCAUCCUGAGAGAAGACAACUGCCACUUCCUCAGAGUGGACAAACAGGACUUCAUACGCAUCCUGAAGGAUGUUGAGGCUAACACAGUCCGUCUGGAGGAACAUGGAAAAUCUGUGCUGGUGCUGGAGAAGAGCUGUGACUCUGGUAGCCAGGGAGGGUCAGGGAACAACAGCAAGUAUACAGUGAUGUCUGGAACACCGGAGAAGAUUCUGGAACACCUGUUGGAGACAAUCAAGCUGGAUACGAAUGGCAAUGAAGCUAUAGAUCCCUGUGUGAGUGACUUCCUACUGACUCACAGAGUCUUCAUGUCCUCCAGCCAGCUCUGCCCAGCCCUGCAACAACACUACCAUGCCGAGCUCUUGGAGGGCUCUGAACUGGAGAAGGCAGCCUAUACACUCAACACCAAGCAGAAGAUAGUGAAGCUGGUCGGCCAAUGGGUAGCUCUCUUUGGCGCGCUGCUCAAAGACGACCCCAUCGCCAUGGACUUCCUGGAGGGGCUGAAGGAGGAGGUGGCAGAAGACUCCCGUCUGUCCUGUAUGCUGAAGGACCAACUGAGGGAUCGCAGGAGAACCAGGCUGCUUGAGAACGGUUACCAGUCACUAAUUAAGGCCAACCAUCAAUUUGAUUGGUUCUCCAGUUGUGAGGAGCCAAUAGGAAAGUGCCAGCCAAUCAGAGCACAGGACAAAGUGUUGUAUGAGAUUUUCCGGUUGGACCAUAAAUCAGUCACACUGAUGCUGCCAGUCAACACAUCUGUACAGGAAGUGAUGUCAUCAGUGGUUAACCCCGGGGGUGACCACGUCCUAGUGAAAAUGAACUCUGUGGGAGACCGCGCUCAGCUGAAGCAGGAUGCCACAGCAGUCUACACCUCUCUGGGCUUUAAUGAGAGGCUCUUCCUCUGCACUGCCAGCCAGGUGGAACUACUGACGCCCCUGAAGGAGCAGCUGGGUCCAGAGAAGGGCACCAUGGACAAGUUGGAGCAGAUGUGCUCCAAGGACAUCGCCAGCCAGCUCACCAACUACGACUGGGAGCUGUUCACGGCCAUGCAUGAGGUAGAGCUGGUCUACUACAUAUUUGGUCGUCAUAAAUUCCCUGGCAGCACCACGGCUAACCUGGAGCGUUUUGUGCGACGCUUCAACGAGGUGCAGUACUGGGUGGUUACUGAACUGUGUCUCUGUGAGGACCUGAUGAAGCGUGCAAUGCUGCUCAAGAAAUUCAUCAAAAUAGCUGUUGUUUUAAAGGAGCAGAAGAAUCUCAACUCAUUCUUUGCUGUGAUGUUUGGUCUGAGCAACAGUGCAGUGCAGAGACUUUACAAGACCUGGGAGAGAGUGCCGAGUAAAACCAAAAGGGUUUACUGUGCCUAUGAGAGAUUAUUGGAUCCCUCUCGCAACCACAGAGCCUACAGACUAGCUGUGGCCAAACUCGGCCCUCCCUACAUUCCCUUCAUGCCUCUCCUGCUCAAAGACAUGACAUUCAUCCACGAGGGAAACAAAAACUAUACAGAAAAACUUGUCAAUUUCGAAAAAAUGCGCAUGAUUGCCAAGACAGUGAAGAUUGUGCGAAGCUGCAGAAGCCAGCCUUACGUGCCAUCAUCCCCACAGAAAGGUCUGGCAGACCGCAUGUUUCUGGAGGCACCUUCCAUUCGCAUAUCCACAUAUUCAGACCAUUCCCUCUCUCUGCGGACAAACAGCAGUAUCUGCCACUAUGUUCAGAACUUCAGUGUAAUCGACAACCAGAAGAAGCUGACACAGCUGUCCAGAUCAGUGGAACGAUAAGGCCUGAGCAAGCCUGUAACACCCAUUUAAUUAGCAUAGCCCAUCUCUGAAUCAGAGGGUGGCUGGGCUACUUGGGAACAUUCUCUGUGCAGUGAUAUUGAUUGGACAUCAAUAGGAGACCAAAGAGAGGCAGUUAGCGAGAACAGCAGUGACCUCUAGUGCCUUAGCAGAGAAGACAGUCCUCCUCCCUCACUGUUACUGGUGGCACUGCUGGGAUCAUAUUCCACUCACUACACUCCUAUGGAAUAUGAAUAUCCUUGGCAUUAGCUGUUGUGCUUUAUUGUGUAGUCCUUUUGUAAUAUUAUUUAACUUCAAUAGAAUAAGAUACAAGCAUCUAUGUGAGCUAUAGAACAUAUUGUAGAGUUCAAAUAAUGGACAUCAUUCAAAUUAGUUUUGUUACCAGAAAACACAAAGUGUUAAGUACAAGUUGUCACCAUUAUUUUUAUAAAUAAAUUAUUUGGAAGUCAUGUACAGUAUCUAAUAAAAUCACCAGCGACAAACAAAUGUAAAAGGGAAAACUUUAUUGGAAAUGCAAACCAUAAAAUCAGGUAAAAUAUCAAUAAAAUACUCAAAUAUCCCCCUGCAAUUCUCCCCAAUAUGGGGAGAACACAAUUCACGGAAACAAAAAUGUCAAAAAAAAAAAAUGUCAAAAAUGUCAGAAACACAUGUACACCCUCUUUAUAAAGCUCAGGAGAAAGAAUAGAGGGGCUUGAGAAGACAGACCAUCAAGUCUGAGUGUCUUCACCUGCAGCAACCAUGGAAGAACAUGUAGAACUAGCCCCUUGUUUUUAUAAAUAAUGGGUCGACAUGCUCAGGCAGUACAUUACUGUUAAAACGAUACAACACAGAUCUAAAACAAAAACAUUGACCGUUUCAAAUCAAUUCACUUAUGUCUUUAGCAGUCUUUUGCACCAUUUCUGUUGUUAAAGUUCUCCCAUGAGAUUAGCCAAAUAGAAAAAUUCCGGUGAUUUAGGGGGGCAUGAAAUUCUAAUGAAAGCCACAACAAACAUAAGAUAUGGGUUGUAAUACUAGCAUUGCGUGGACAGGUGACAGAAACUGCACAUAAAUUAUCACUCGUUUACCAUUCCCGAGUUCAAUGCAGAGGUGUUCAGGAGGCCAUACCUGCCUUUUAUAUAAAGGUGUCAACCAGUGGUGGUGAAGUACUAGUCCAGUACCAGUCACAGAACUAGAGUGGUCACUAUUAAAAGUGGUCCAUCCUCCCAUCCAUCCUUCAUCCCUAGAUGUGAACUCCUUAACACAGUACUGCCCAUGCUGGCAUGUGGAUCAGGGAUGCUACAAGGAAGGAAGAGAGGUUCCUCUACUUGAGACACCUUCUCUUUGGGCAUUCAGUGAAGAGAUCUGCAUUACUGUCUAACGCACAUCAUUACCACGUAGUUGAACAUCAACACACAACUAAA